ACUCCCUUAUGAAAUAUAUUCUAAUUCAUCUAAUUUAUUGUUUUGUUAGCCGUGAUCUGGUGGAAUUAAAACUCUGAAGCAUUGAGGAUCGAGGUAUCUAUAAAUGAAUUGAUUUGUCUGUGGGUGUCAUUUUAUCUGAUAUACUUGCCAAGCAUGUUGGAAAUAUAAUUUAGUGUACAUAUGUAGCAGGUGGCACCAUGGGGUGGCGCUGUGGGGUCAAGGCGGUGCACCUAUAAAAGGGGAAGUGGCACUUUGCCAUGAAGUGCCAGUUUCCUGUUGGGCCCCCAGGGUAUGGUUGGGCCCCCAGUAGUGGUGAGAAAGCUCCAUUCUCUCUUGAUUUGUAAAUAUAUUUGUUUAUUCUUUCAUAUGUACGGGUGGUAGAUUUUAAUGGAGUUUGCAUGACAGGAUCGGGAGGAGAGGCACCGAUCUGGGCACAGAGGGAAUGAAUGGGUGUGAGAGUUUGCUGCAGCAGGAACCUUCUGGUUCCCAGGUCUACCCGAUGAGUAUGAGCCUGACCACAGAGCCCCCUAACGAUGUUCCCGCCGUUACACAAGAGCCGGAGAGCAAAAUGGCCGCAGCGGAGAAGGACAAGAAGCCGGAUGAAGUGGCGGAGGAAGACGAGGAGGAGGAAGAAUACGUGGUGGAGCGAGUCCUGAACCGGCGGGUGGUUAAAGGCAGAGUGGAGUACCUCCUCAAGUGGAAAGGCUUCUCUGAGGAGGACAACACGUGGGAGCCGGACGACAAUCUGGACUGUCCAGAUUUGAUCGCCGAAUUCCUGCAGUCGCAGAAGAUGGCGCACGACGGGAAGAGGAAGGCGGCCGGAGACGCCGAAGGAGACGAGAGCAAAACGAAAAAGAAAAGAGACGACACGGAGAAGCUGCGGGGCUUCGCUCGAGGUCUGGACCCGGAGAGGAUCAUCGGCGCCACCGAUUCCACCGGAGAGCUCAUGUUCCUCAUGAAAUGGAAGAACUCAGACGAAGCCGACCUGGUGCCGGCAAAGGAGGCCAACGGGAAGUGUCCGCAGGUGGUCAUCUCCUUCUACGAAGAGAGACUCACGUGGCACUCGUAUCCCGCCGAGGCCGAGAAAAAAGAGGAGAAGAACUAACAGGUGGGGGGCGGGGGGGGGACAAGGAGCGGUAGCUCUGAACUUCGUGGUACCUUCCGGAGGAUGGAGACUCACUCACCUGAUUCUGCUCGCAUCUGGAUGUUAUCAAAUUGUUUGUAUGAACCCGCCUGGGAUGUAAAACUCAGUGUUGGUUUUCAUUUACUGGUUCAAGUCCCCGGUCGACUUCAUGUGGUCCACAACCACAAACAUCAGUGAGCUGAACUUAUUAUUCCAUCUCGGUGCCUUUUUUAAAUAUUUGGUCCAUUUUGGAGUCUGAACUGUGUGCGUUUUAGUGGUUUUGGUGUUUAGAUCUUUGGAGUUUUUCAUUGUCACAUAAUGCUCGUUGCUUUUUGGGAGAAUAAACCACGUCUUUUGUUA